UUUGUGAAACCGCUUCGCUCGUAGGCUCAACAAAACCAUAGCAACAUACAACCAAGUCGUCGAGGUACCGAAGUAACAGAAUAUAAUCUAAAUUCUAUAGCAAAAAUGAGUGCUACGGACCGAAAAGUGCCGUCACCGGUGGUGGCUAGUCGAGACAAUCCAGCGGCAGAUCCUCGACAGAUGAGACGCAUCAUAGCAGAGGACCCUGAUUGGAGUCUGGCAACUGUACCAUUGCUGACUGAGCUAUGUAUUAAACACAUUGUUUUUAAUUUUGAAGACAACCCAAUCCUUGAUAAUUUGCUUCCAAAGCACAAAAGCAAGGUUCUAGAGGCACUCUCCACACAGAUAGCAAUGAAGGUGACGUCAGGUCUUGUUUCAGAUGAAAAUUAUUGGAAAAGAUGCUGCAAGUCUAGAUGGGAAGUUUGUGACAUUGCAAAACAUGGAAACAGCUGGAAAAGGAUGUAUUUUGAAAGAAAUCUAGAAGGGAUCAUAGAAAGCUUUGUACCAGAAUCAACUGAUCCAAUGCCAUUAUAUGAUACACUCAAAUUAUCUGCACAGUUUGUCAAAGGGCUAACUAUACGUCAACUUCUCCCUCCAGUAAAGGAGGCUGUAAUAAAAGAUGAUGAUGCUUCUGACACAGGGAGUGAAGCAGGACAAGAUGGGCCUAAUAUUGACCAUUUUGAUUUUGGCGUCAUUAUGCCAAAGCUGCCGCACCUACAGGAGUUACACCUAACCUAUGGUGUGAGGGAUUGUGGUAUGAAUUUUGAGUGGAAUUUAUUCCAGUUCACAACAAGAGACUGUCUGCUUUUAGCAAAGGCAGUAAAGGCAUGUCAUACGCUCAAAGUUUUCCACCUCCAUCGUAGUCAAGUUGAUGAUGAGAAAGUGCGUGUUCUGGUCAGUCACUUGCUGGACCAUCCCUCCCUCAUCACAUUAGAUUUAUCACAUAACAAGAUCGGUGACAGUGGGGCACGAGCAAUCGGCAAGUUACUGAAUGGAAGAUGCAAAUUGACCACGUUGAAUCUUUGUGACAAUAAAAUUCGAUCAAAUGGUGCAGCGGCAAUCGGCCAUGCUUUGGGCAAGAACACUAUCCUAAAAAACAUAAACAUUAGAUUGAACAGACUUGGGGAUGAUGGUGGACAGGCCAUCUGCCGAGCCCUCCUAAAGAAUGAGACGCUUACACAUGUUCAUCUCGGUGGCAAUGAUCUUGGGGAACCAACGGCUGCUAUUCUCGCACAGGUAUUGGUGGCCAACAAAGUUCUUGUGGAGUUAAACUUGUCAUGCAACAAGAUUGGACCUGAUGGUGGAAAAUCAUUGCAAGAAGGGAUGGAAGAAAACUCGAGCAUACUCUUAAUGGAUUUAAGACUGACAGAAGUCGGCCAAGAAAGUGAAUACUGCAUCAACCAGCUACUGAAACGAAACCGAGAGGAGAAACACAAACAGAGCUCAUAACGCACUAAUACUAGAACGAAUAGUUAUGGAUUUGCUUCAAAGGGAUGUGACGAUUUUCUUCAUGUAUCCCGUUUUCACUACUGCAAAACCAUUGUGACUGUGAGAAAAAGCCACAUUUACUUCUAAAGGUUGAUACGUUUUUAGCUGUGAAGCUCCCAGAAUUUAUUAGAACUUAUGUAAAUAGCUUAAAAUGUAUACAGUUUACAGUGUAGAUAUUCAAUAAUUGUAUAAAAUAAAACUGACUCUUUCAUGUUUUA